UCGUUGCUCGUUCAAACGGCUCUCGAUAUCGGCGGAAUAUCUCUCGAUUCAAAUCGCACGCAUUAUUCUCGUUCAACGAGGCUGCUUUUAUAAAGCAUAUAAACUUGACGCGACGUUGCGCGACAAAAAUCAUCGAACGAUUCGUAUUUAAUUAGAAAACGCAAGGUAUGCCCGGGGGUUUCGCUCUGACUCGAACGAACGGUCAGUUACGUCGAAGCAACAGAUUGUUAUGUGAAGAAGAAAGCCGGUGCGUGUAGGGAUGUAAUUUGUCAUAAUCAGGCCAAGAUAAAGAGCCGAAUUCCCGGUGAAUAAGAACGAUAUCGCUGAUAUAGAACCUACCGAAAAGUAGAAUGGUUCAUGUGGACGGAUAUAUCCCAUUUCCAUCCGGCGGACUGCCGAAAAGUCCGAGCUUCCAUCAGGGGUUGGCCUUAGCCACCGUGCUGCAAUCACGAGAAACGAAUAAAUCCUAUUUGACCAACUUCACUUCGCACUAUCAACCAUUACGACCCCUGUUAAUCGAAACACAACAAGGAAACGAGAGGGAAGAACUGUUCAUACAGAAGCUGCGACAAUGUUGCGUUCUAUUCGACUUCGAGUCCGAUCCGUUAUCGGACUUGAAAUGGAAAGAAGUAAAGCGUACAGCGUUACACGAGAUGGUCGAGUACGUUACCAAGAACAAAAACGUUAUUACAGAGGCGAUAUAUCCCGAAGCCGUGAACAUGUUUGCGGUCAAUCUAUUCCGCACGCUUCCCCCGUCGUCGAAUCCAAACGGAGCGGAGUUUGAUCCGGAAGAGGAUGAACCGACUUUGGAAGCGGCUUGGCCUCACUUGCAGCUGGUGUACGAGUUCUUUCUACGAUUGUUAGAGUCUCAGGAUUUUCAGCCCUCCAUUGCCAGACGAUAUAUAGACCAGAAGUUCGUGCUACAACUUUUGGAACUGUUCGAUUCGGAGGAUCCACGGGAAAGAGAUUUCUUGAAAACAACGCUUCAUAGGAUUUACGGGAAAUUCUUAGGGCUCAGAGCGUAUAUCAGGAAACAAAUAAACAAUGUUUUUUAUCGGUUUAUAUACGAAACAGAACACCAUAACGGUAUCGCUGAACUCCUAGAGAUUUUGGGAAGCAUAAUCAAUGGAUUUGCUUUGCCACUUAAGGAAGAGCACAAAAUAUUUCUAUUAAAGGUGCUCUUGCCUUUGCAUAAAGCUAAAUCGCUUUCCGUCUAUCAUCCGCAAUUAGCAUAUUGCGUCGUGCAAUUUUUGGAGAAGGAUCCAUCGUUGACCGAACCUGUUAUUAGAAGCUUGUUGAAAUUUUGGCCGAAGACACAUUCCCCGAAGGAAGUGAUGUUCUUGAACGAACUCGAAGAGAUUCUAGAUGUGAUCGAGCCUGCCGAAUUUCAGAAAGUUAUGGACCCAUUGUUUAGACAAUUAGCAAAAUGUGUUUCAUCUCCACAUUUCCAGGUGGCCGAAAGAGCUCUCUAUUACUGGAACAACGAAUAUAUAAUGUCCCUUAUAUCGGAUAACUAUUCGGUUAUUUUGCCAAUCAUGUAUCCAGCUUUUUACAGAAAUUCGCGAAACCAUUGGAACAAAACCAUACACGGUUUGAUUUAUAACGCGUUAAAACUCUUCAUGGAGAUGAAUCAAAAAGUAUUCGAUGAGUGUACUCAACAGUAUUAUCAAGAUCGUCAAAGAGAGAGGAAGCUCAUGAAAGAUAGGGACGAAGCAUGGAUGCGCGUAGAAGCUUUAGCGAUGAAACAUCCGAAUUAUAAUGCUACCGUGAAAGGUGUAAUAAAUACCAGUUCUUCUACCAUAUCGCAGCAACAAUUAGAUAGUCCUCCGCCAGAUGAAGAUGGCGACCCAGAUCAAACUCCGCUCACAUUGGAAAAGAUAGAAGCGAAAGCAAAUGAGGCAAAAAAAAUGACGAAUUCCAAUAAAACAAAGCCACUUUUGCGAAGGAAAAGUGACUUACCCCAAGACACGUAUACAAUGCGGGCAUUGUCCGAUCACAAACGCGCGGAUGAGUAUCUUGUUACGCCACCGGAUCCCAAUAAUUGCUAGUCUCUACCGCAGUCUAUUUCCAUGUAUCCUCUCUUUUGCUGCAGUGAUAUUGGGAGUUAGCUUUUUCGAAGAGAGCGAAAUGUAAACAGCGAUGAGUCGGAUCUAAUCAAUCAAUCAAUCGAACGGCAUCAUUCGACGACAACUGUCUAUCGGAGAGUUUGAUCGUAGAGAAAACACAACAACGUCGUAAUUAUCCCUCGCCCCCUCCCUUAUAUCAGAACUGUCGAGGUGUAUGUAAUGUUUUUUUCUUUGUACGGUAACGAAAAAAAAAAAGCUUUCUCUCAUUGCACCCAGCACUUUUCGGAAGAUGUAUCCGUGUCCGUAGUAAUCUAUAAAAGGAAAAGAACACAGGUUACUUCCUAUAUACUCUUCGAGUUGAUUUACAUAAGGUAUCGCGAGAGUUAUGCAGAUAUUACAUACUCGCUAUUAAAAAAUCAAGAAAAUGUGAAUGAAACCUAGGUAAAUAAGGGUCCUAAGUAUAUAUAUAUAUACACACAUACAGAGUAUUUUAUAAAUUAUAGGUUUCUUGCGUAUGGAGAAAUCUAUCGCUGACAAUAAGACAGUUUUUCUCAUUGAUAAGUAAUUAAGCCAGCGUACGGUGUUCGAAGUUGAAUUUAACAACAAAAAGGUCUGUUUACUAAUGAUUGUUUUAAGAAGGUUGUCUUGCUUUUAGCGGAGGAUUUUCUUCAUAUCAUAGGAAUUUAUGGUUUAUCAAACACCUUCUAUACAGAGUGAUUCUAGUUAUCGAGCCAGGCUGUACGUCUAUUGUAAGUGAAGACGGAAAAAAAGAUGAUAGAUAGAAACUUUGUAUGAUUUAACUAGUAUUAUUAACAUUGUAUAGAUUGUUUUUGUUAAUGAAAUUAUAUGAUUCCUUUUCCCCCCAUGUAAAAGGAGGUGUUCAGUACAGUUUUUUCUUCACUUACAAUAAAGUUAUAGUUCAUUUCGGUCGCCAGAAUCAUCCUGUGUACAUACUCUAAAAUAAAAAGAAAUUUUAUACGAAUUCAAAAGGGGUCAGAAAGAAAAUGACCAUGUGCUUGAUGUUGUAAUAAAAGAAGAAUUUUAGUAUGCAAGUUUGAGGCGCUACUCUUCUGAGCGAAGUUUCCACUGACGCGUAAACGACAGACAUUAAUAAACACAAGUGAUAUAUAGUUGCUUCAACGCUACCAGCUCAUCAUUUAGCAGCAAACAAACAAACCAAAAAAAAAAGGAUAUAAAAAAAGAUUACAAAAAAAUUCGCAAAAAGAAGUGAAAACGUCGUUUUUAGAGUUAGAUGAACGUGAUAGCACUAUUUUAGAAUAUCAAUUGUUAUAAAUCUGAAUAUUCCUGAACGUACUACUUUUAUAUCUGUCGUGCCUAGAUGCCUGUGGAACGCAUUCGCAAGAAUCGCCUCUGCCAGAGGCCUAUAAUUAAGAGUCGUUAAAAAAAAAAAAAAAAAAAAAUAUAAAGAAACAAAGCAACGAGUUACACGUGACGUUACCGAAUAGUAUAAAUUGACAUCAUGAAUUUUUUCAGGAACGCUUAUACGUACGUUGUGUCGUUGCCUCGUAAGUUUUUGCGGUUAUUUGAAACAAAAUAAAAGAAUAAAAAAGAAGUUAUAUACUAGUUUGUCGCUGACAAAAAUGAAAAGGCAAAAAAAAAAAAAGAAAAAGAAAUGCGAAGAAUAGAAACAAAUGAUGAAGAUUUAAAAAAAAAGAGCGUACUAAGUGAAAUGUCUUUAGUCUUUGCGCUGCUGGCAGGCUGUUAUGUUAAACAUUGUAAGGGAUGAACUUGUUGAGAAUAGAUACGAUUAGCACGUACAUAUUAUUAAAUGACGGAAAUUAAAACCAAAUGAGAUAAAUAUUAAAAAAAAAAAAAAUAAAGAAGAAGAUUAUUUACUAUUUAAUCGUCCCUUCGAAGAAAAUGAAUGGCUGUUUUUGUUACGGAAACCAUUCGCAAUAUGAGUAUUCUUGUCGAUAAUAUGCUUUUAUUAUUAUCAAGUACAGUGUAAUCUCGAUGGGCCUCGUGAAUGUAAAUCUUAAAAAGAUUUUAUUAAAAU